AUGGUGCCUCCUUCCUCAGAGGUGGGGGGCCCUGACGGAACCCUCUCCCAGCUGUCCCUGGCCAAGCUCGUCCCUCCGGACAACCCCGCCCACCAGAAGCUAGGCAGUGACAAGGCCCGGUCGAUCGGCCCGCCCUGGUGGAGCCCCGCGAGGCCCGGAAGCGCCGAACCUGGAGCUUUAGGGGCCUUGGGCCGCUUCAAGCUGCAGAAGCGGGAGCGGAGCCUGCGGGAGGAGGAGCGGCGAGCGCAGCACCAGGCCGCGCUGCUGCGCCUGCGCGAGAUGGCGCUCCGGGAGAAAACGCUCGCGGAGCUGGCCCUGCUGGAGCAUCGGCGAGGGUGCCUGGACAGCAAGAGGGACAGAGCCCAGCUGGCCAUGCUGGUGGAGAAGCAGCAGCAAGCCCUCAGCAGAUUCGAGAAGGAGCAGAGGGAAAUCCGAUACCUGUGGCACAUGCAGCUGCUCAGGCACCGAGACAGGACGCGGCUCCUGCAGCAGCAGAGGGAUGUCUCCACCCAGAGGCCCGAGGAUGACCUCCCCACGCCAAGGCCCGAGGAUGACCUCCCCACGCCGAGGCCCUCGGACUCCCUCCCCACGCCGAGGCCCGAGGACGCCCUCCCCACGCCAAGGCCUGCAGAUGUCACCCCCACGCUGAGCCCCACGGAUGUCCCCCCUACCCGGAGCCCCUCAGACAUCCCCCCCACACUAAGGCCCACAGACGUCCCCCCCACGUCGAGACUGGACGUCCCCCCGACGCCGAGGCCUGCGGAUGUCCCCCCAACGACGAGCCCCAUGGAGGUCCCCCCCACACCAAGACUGGACAUCCCCCCCACGCUGAGGCCUGUGGACGUCCCCCUCACGCUGAGGCCCGUGGACCCCCUCCCCUUCCUCGAGCUGCAGGCCCAGGCCAAGCUGCCACAGGGUCCCGGCCCCAAAGUCAAGGCCACUUGGGAGGGAAGCUUAGAGACAAGCCUGAAGCCGGAGCCCUCCCCAUGUCCCCUGACACCACACAGGCCCAGCAGCCCUGCCGGCUGCCACCCGCAGAGCAGACCUUCGAGCUCGAAGGACACACACCCUCCCGCAGAACAGCCCCAGGAUGUGAUGGUGCCCCAGACAACCUCCCACACGGAUGGUCACCAGCAGCCUCCGAGGUUGGCGUGGGGAGAGGACACACUGGACCCCUGGGGCCCGCUGGUGGGGAGUGGCAACCACGUCAGCCAAGAGCCUGGGGAGCAGCCUCGGGUCCCUCUGCCAGGCCUGCAGCACGAGAACCCCCCUGACAGACGGCAGCUGGGCCCAGCCUUUCCUGGCCCUGUGCCAUGUCCACCCCCCUGUCUCACCAUGGAGGCCAACGAGGCGGAGGGGUGCCUCCCCACAGCUCAGCGCAGGCCGUGGGAGGCGAAGGAGCUGCUGCCAGGAGACCCUCAGACCAAGCCCAGCCCUUCCUUAGCAGGGAAGCCCCUGGCUCCGACAGACAGCCAUGUGAGGAGCUUCAGAGAACGCAGCCGUCGCUCUGGGGACAGAGAGGGUCCUUGUGGCCCCCAGGAAGCCAGUCAGGUGGCUGAGGGCAGCAUGAGCCAAGAAGCCUGGGAACGGGCUCUGGAUUUUGCCGAGAGCCCCGUGGAGGAGUUCCAGGAAACUGAGGGCUGGCGAUCGGGAGAGCAGAGGACAGAGGCCUGUCAGCAGGAGGUCCCCGGCAUCUCCUCCGUUGGGCUGGAAGCUGCCCAGGCAGCUGUCUCCCCAGCUCCUGUGGCUCCUGAGGAGUCGGCGCCCCCCAUCCUGCUCCCAGGCAGUCCCCUGCUCCCCGCCUUCUCCUCCUGGGUGCUGGGCUCUGAGUCUGCUUCCGGAACCUGCCCUGGGCCUUCAGAAGAAGCCCUGGAGUCGUCCUACACCUCCCCAGCAGGCUCUGUCAGGAGCCUGUCCUGUCCCUUUGUCUGGGAGUUCCAGAAAGCAGCGGCCACCCUGAUCCAGCUUUCUGACAGCUCCAACUCUCUUCCCAGCUUGGAAGCUGAAGACUCCCCAGAGGAAGGUCUCAGCUGGCCUGGGGAACUCUCUCCCCGACGCUCCUUGGAGGAAGUGGCGUCACCUUUGUCCUGGGGGACAAACUGGGGUGAGCCUUGGCCAGGCAGCAUUCCUGGGAGUGGAGGACUGCUGACCUGGCAGAGGCCUCGGGGCAGUGGGGCCCGACCCCUGCAGGGCUGCUUCGUGGACACAGCCAUGGCAGGAGAUUCAGAGCCUGAGCAAAGCCUGGAGGUGGGCCAGCUGCUGCCUUUCCCAGAUGUCCCCUUUCCAAGGUCAGGGUCAGAACUGUCAGAGGCCUCCAGCAAAGCAUGGGACAAGGGCAGCGAGGAGGACCUGCCGGAACCCUGUCCCGGUGCCAACCCAGCCUCGGUGAGCUCCCUGCCUGCAGGUGGCUCAUCAGACCCCGAAAGCGGCAUGGAGCCCCAGAUGGCUCUUCCCUCCACACAGUCCCAGAAGAUGCAGGAAGCUUCUGGGACCGGCAAGAGCCUGACAGGGGUGUUGGACACAGGAGAAGCCCAGCAGGCACCCCCUGAGGCUGCCUGUGUGGUGUUCCCGCCCCAAAUCCCUUCCCCUGGUGACUCAGACUCACUGCCGGCCUUUCCUUUGGGGACCUCUGCAAGUGAAGGGGCAGAUUUCGGCAGAGGAGGAGAGACUUCCAGCCGCCGGGAGGGGACUCGGGAUGCUGAGCCAAGUCCAUCCACCAAGAGCAAACCCCCACACCUCACGCCAGAGCCCAAGACCCUGGUGACCCUGCAGGCUCCUCCUGGGGACCCUGGCAGGCUGGCACCCCCAGCAGCUGAGAGCCGGGCACCUGGGCCUGGCGGGAAUGGAGCCCCUGCUGUCCUGGAGGAAGCCUGUCCCCCACUUGCCGGCGGCGUCCUGACUGAGAUCCUGUCUCCCGUGGACGAGGUGCUGUCCUACAGCAGUGCCGACCUCCCGUCCUCCAUCCACAGGGAGGCCCCGCUGCCCCCACCCCUUCCCACCCCCCACGCACAGAGUGACGCCGAAGACACUACUACCCCAGGCUCAGAUACCUUCCCUUCCCUGCCUCUGGGCCCCCUUGGGGAGGACACCGCUGUCACCACCCAGGACGUAUCCUCCUUGUCUGAGGAGAGUCUGCUGGAGGCCCUGUUCCCCGGGCCCCAGGGUUCUGAGGCACCCCAGGAGUCGGGGCUCUGCCCAGGAGCAGCUAGACUGGGUGGAAGCCUUGAGGACCAGUUGAAAAGGUCUAGUUCUGUAGCAGGAGAUGAGGCCGGAGGCAGCCAGUGGCCUGAACCUGCCGGCUGGCCAGGGUCUCCCUCGAGUGCAGGGUCAGGCAGAGGCCCUGGAGGGCUCCCAGAGCCACCAGUGCAGCUCACAGCUCUAUCCAGAGUGGCCUCUGUGGCCAGGGAGGGUCUGUCAGGGAUGCUGGCGGCUGGCAACGCAGACAUGAUGCUCCUCAGUUCCUUGGGGGAGCAGGAUCCUGCUUUGGGCACAGGGUUCUGGGCUGAUGUGGCCUUGGAGGAGGUCUCGGGCAGUCGGGGAGAGCCCUGGGAGGCAGUUCAGAGCGUCGGGUGUGCAGAGAGCCGGGGAGGGUCAGGGCAGCUCUCGGUGGGUCUGGAUGAGCUGCUCCUAGACACUGCUUCAUCUGCUGUGGGGUCCCUGGGCAACCAAGCCUGCUUGGCCGAGACCCCCACCAGGGGCCGAGACCCCAAAGAAAUGCUGGGUAAGAGCAGGAAGGCAGCCACACCCACACAGGCAGCCAUGCCAUUCCCCCAGCCAGCAGCUCCAGCAGCCUCUCCCCCAGGCCAAGUGCCCUUGGCUGCCCAAGGACAGGCUGGGUCCCUUGAGCAUGCUGGCAAGGACACUGAGGGAGGCCUGAGCUGCCAGCUAGAGGACCUGCUUGGGCCCAGGGGCUCAUUGGGCAGCGAGUCGCUCCUGGAGACAGAUUCAGGCUGCCGUGCCCAUCUCCCAGGUGGGGCGAGAGAUCAGGUGGUGGACUUGGUCUCCACGCAGCUCACCAGGAGGGUCCUACUCGAGUCCUUAGCAGCUCUCUCCACACUGGCCCCCCGGGGCAGCCCUUAG